CCAUCCAGAGGCUUGUUGACAGGCCAGGAUGCCGAUCCCCCCCCUCCCCCUCCACCCCCUGGAGGACCCCCUCCGCCCCCAACCUUCAGCCAGGCCAACAGCAAGCUGAACCGGGACGAGGGGAAGGGCCGGGGAGCACUGCUGUCAGACAUCCACAAAGGAGCCCGGCUGAAGAAGGUGGGCGUGGUCAGCGACAGGAGCGCCCCCGUCUUGGAGAAGCCUAAAGGAGGAGGAGGAGGUGGAGGAGGAGGAGGAGCCAAUGGCAGCGGUGGAGCAGGUUCCCCAGGAGCCGUCCAGCCAAUGGCAGGGCUCUUCCAAGGGGGCGUGCCUAAACUGAGACCAGUCGGAGAUGGUUCCGCGGGCAGGUCGGCCCUGCAGCCUCCAGGCACGCGCCAAUCGGCGCCCCGCCCCCCCGGUCGCCAGGACGACGCGGACAGCCCCCCGUCCCGGGCCUCGUCGCCCCCGGAGCAGGCGCGCUCCCAGCGGCCCUCCCUCCCCGACCUGACCCGCCCCCCCAGCACCGGGGGGAGCCCCUCUGGGGGGAUGAAGCACAGCUCCUCCGCCCCCCCGCCCCCACCCCCCCUCAUUCGCCGGGGCAACGCCCCCCCGGCCCCCACCCAGAAGUCCGCCGCCCCCUCCCCCUCCUAUAACAGGGAGAAGCCCCUCCCCCCCACCCCAGGACAGAGGGGGCCGUCUCCGGCGCCCGGGAAACCGCCCCAGUCUCCCGGCAACAACCGGCGCCCGGCGCCCACCGGGGGAGGCUCGUCCUCCCUGGCCCCGCCUCCUCCUCCCUACCGCCAGCCGGUGGCCAAUGGGCCGUCCAGCCCCGUGAACGAGGCGGCGCCAGAGUUGCCACAGCGACACAACUCCCUCAGCAAGAAGCCUUCCUCCUCCUUAGGAGGACACACUCCAACCCGGGGCCCCGCCCCGCCCCCCCCGCCCUCCCCCACCCCCCCCGGAGGACGCCCCCCGCCCCCCGUACGAGAGCCCCCCGGCCGAGGAGCAGCUCCACCAGUACCAGGGUCGACGUCUCGGAACAGUGGCCGGGAAGCCCCGCCUCCUCCGCCCCCCUACAGAACUCACGGUAGCUCCUCCGACCCCCCCAGCCGGGGCAAGCCCCCCCCUCCCCCCUCCCGCACCCCUGCCGGGCCCCCUCCUCCUCCCCCGCCCCUCCGCAACGGACACGCCUCCACCCCUCGUUCCUUCGUAGAUGACUUUGAGUCCAAGUACUCGUUCCAUCCCCUGGACGACUUUCCCCCUCCAGAGGAGUACAGGCACUUCAACAAGAUCUACCCCAGCAAGGCCAACCGAGGGAUGAGAGGAGCCCCACCCCUGCCCCCGGUUCAGAGGUGAACACCGUGUGACCACACUACCCCAGGAGACCAGGACACACACACACACAGUACACAUACACACACAGUACACACACACACACAGUACACACACGCACAGUGUACACACACGCACAGUACACACACAGUACACACACACAAUGUACCUAAUCACAUAAAUCAUUGUAACGACGCAGCAUCUACAUCGUAACUACAUUCCAUCUCAGUCACUGUGCAUUCCCCGGCUGCUCCCUCCUGAGUGGCCCACCAAGACACCUGUCAGACAGACAGGAAGUACCCUUAACCAAUCCCCUCGCAAGACAUCCCACUCCCUCUGGAUGAGCCAGAACGCAGGGACAGAAGAGAGACCAGGUGUGUCUGGCUGUGACAGGGGCGGAGUCGGGUGUGAACAAGACCUCUUUGUGCCAUUCUAACCCAGGGAGGUGUGCGUUGCCACGACACAAAAAAAAAAAAAAAAAAAAACGAUUUCGACGUGCGCUCGCACGUCACCAUGGAAACAGGAGAGCAUGAGCCCAACACCUGACGCGAAAAAAGAAAAGAUGAUUCUACAGCCUGUUGCUAUGGCUAUCACCGAUAACUGAGUUUCGGGGGGCCGUGGGCGGAUAAACUGAUGUAUGGAGGAGGAACGGCUCUACGCUGAGGGAACUUAACUGCUCUCAGGUCAGCUCAAUAGGACAGACACUGCAAACAGACAUGAGGGGACCUGGGUUGAAACAAUGUUUUGGGCCCAGUCUUGUGUCCGGGCUACUGAAAGGUCAUCUGGCUAUUUGACCUGUCACCGCUGGCAAGCUAAACAAUGCGUAUUCCGCAGAGGAAACACAAACAAUUCAACCCUGCUUGGACAGGAGGAUCUAAGGAGGGUCAUUCCACAAGUGCCAAUGGAGGCAAAAGACAAUAACAGCCCAUCUCCUACUGAGCCUACCCCAGUCCUCUCUCUCCUACCCCGGUCCCCCUUGCGGCAUCAGUGGACAGGGGCAGAGGAGUUGUGGAACAGUUGGCAUGGCAGUCAUGAUAUGAACCUGAGGGUGGUAUUCUUGUGGGUGACAAUCGCUGGUUGGAGGGGCGGGGGAAGUCUUUCUUUUGAAUGAUAAUGUUGGACUGUUGCCGCAAAAAAACUCCACACUUUCCUCCCCUCCCUAUAUUCCCCCCCCCC